AACAUUUCUUCGUGAUCGUCGUACAAGCAAAGAUACAUCGACGCUUCUAAUCUAAUAAACCCUCUCUAAAUCGUAUCAACAUCACCAACUUUCUCUCAUAAUCUCCGCCAUCUCAUCCUCCGAUACCUCUCUAUUUCACCGAUUUCCGAGCAGUUCCCCGGUUCAAGAACACCACUCUCUUUCUCAACAAUCUCUCCCUGAAUGAGCUUUCAGGACAUCGAGGCCGGCAGGCCUCUCGCUUCCCGCCGCAACCUCAUCAACGGCAACCAACAAGACCCCACGCAGGCGGUUGCCGCCGGCGUAUUUCAGAUCAACACCGCCGUCUCAACGUUCCAGAGGCUCGUUUACACCCUCGGAACCCCCAAAGACACCCCCGAGCUUCGCAAUAAACUGCACAAGACGAGGCUUCACAUUGGACAAUUGGUGAAGGAUACAUCGGCAAAACUUAAGCAAGCUAGUGAGAUUGAUCAUCAUGCUGGUGUUAAUGUAACCAAGAAGAUAGCAGAUCAAAAACUUGCCAAAGAUUUUGAGGCAGUGUUGAAAGAAUUUCAGAAGGCACAGCGACUUGCAGCUGAGAGGGAAACAGCUUACACUCCAUUUGUUCCACCAUCCAGUGGUACAGCCAGCGAAGUAGGCAUAAGUUCUGAUAAGAGUCCGGAACAGCGUGCCCUUCUUGUUGAAUCCAGAAGACAGGAGGUAGUGUUCUUGGAUAAUGAGAUUUCGUUCAACGAGAGUAUCAUUGAGGAAAGAGAGCAAGGAAUUCAAGAAAUCCAACAGCAAAUUGGUGAAGUAAAUGAGAUUUUCAUAGAUCUUGCGAGGCUUGUUCAUGAGCAAGGAGCAACGAUUAAUGAUAUUGGGUCCAACAUCGAGCAUUCCCAUGAAGCAACUGAACAAGCAAAAUCUCAGCUAGCCAAAGCUUCAAAUACUCAAAGAUCAAAUUCUUCUUUGGCAUGUUUGCUUUUGGUAAUAUUUGGAAUCGUGCUUCUCAUCAUCAUCAUCGUUGUUGCUGCUUAGUCGGAGCUCAAUUCCACUGUGAACCAAAUGCAGUAUGUACUAUGUACUGAGCUGCUGAUAGUCUCCCUUGCAAAUGAUUUCACUAAAUGAUGAUUUACUAGAGCUCAUGAUUGACUAUGGUUUGUCUCAGCUGGUUCCAGACUUUCAGUACAGCAUGGGGUGGGAAUUCACUUAGUGAUCGUGAUUUUGUUGUGGGGUCUCUAUGUUGGUGUAUCUUCUUAUAUCCUUAAUAAAUCAUCAUAUCAAAUUCUUUCUUUACCUGUAAAUGCUAAAUACGACUCGAAGAGUGGUAUUGCUGACUCUUCUCAGCUAUACGUCUUUGAGAAUUUGUUAAAGGAAAAUUAAAUGUGCACCACUUUAACCAACCA